AUGAUCAUACAGCUUUUUACCAGGCUGAAAGAGUAUACCAGUCUUGAAGCGAAGUACAACUUGACUACACUCGACUCUGCUACCGGUUUUGACUUGGAUACCUUCUUGCGAGGCACUUCUCUCGUCCCGGAAGACCCACAGGUGCAGGGUUUGCAGUCGAACAGCGGUUGGUUAAGAAAGCUCCAGUGGUCAACAUCCGGAAAGAGGCGUCUGGAAGGGCUGAUUGAGGACCUUGGGGGCUGGAACGAUAGAAUUAGGCGCGUUAUCGAAGAUGUCAUAUGGAUGAGUCUUUUGACGGCCUCCCAAGUACACAGUGUUGCCGAAAACCCUGAUACAAAGACACUCGGCUUGGGACCAAGUGCAAAGAUGAGGAAGUUGAUACUGAGUGGUGACGCUGCAACGGACUUAUUUAUUCCCUAUCACAAAGUCAAAAACCAAGUCACAGGGCCUGGAGGAGGCUCUGGAAGCCAGCGGAUGGCCGAGAUAGAUAACAGUCCAGUUCUUUUGGAGUACAAAGACUACGAGCCAGACAACAAUGGCAACAUUCCCGAUAUUAAACAUUAA